AUGUUAUGUAGGUAUGAAGACUUUCUUUCCUCGCAAGUAACACAGCGGGACAUGAACUACCUUGAGGACAUAAACCUGGCACGUAAAAUCGUAGAAUUUGGCUAUCGCGGUUCCAGGGAAGGAUUUUCGCUGGAGCGGUUCAUGGCUGUGAAAGCGGAAUUAGAGCAAAGAAAAUCGAUCUAUAACAAAACUAUACUGAGUGCAGGCAGGACCUUUGAGGAGCCAAUGUUAAGAGCUCUACAGAUGAGAGAAGAAAGCAACCGGACGCGUAAAAAUGCCAGCAUCAUCUUUGUUCGCGAUAUCAAUGAAUGUGGUCAAGAGGUAUCCUCGUAUAUGGAUUAUUCUCAUCGCCUGGCGACAGAAGAUUUUCGCCUGAUCUUUGACGGCAAGAAAAAACUGGUACCAAAGACAACCGAUCUGAGCUUCUUCAAUUGGGAGACACAAAAUGUAGCCAGUAAAAGCUCACCUAAUUACGAAAUUAUCGCCAAAAGUCCUAGCGGAAUGUUAUUCAAAAACAAACGAGAUGGCAAAAUUAUCAAUCCUGAUCCUUUCAUCGGAUCACCGGGUGACAACUCGUCUAGGACUGUGGUGCCCACUACCACUUACAUCAGUGUUAUCGUUUUCGAUCACUACAACCGACGAAAGACAUAG